ACCACCUAAUGGGACUCCAAUGCAGAUGUCCCAUAUAGAGGAAGAAAUAGACCGCAUGAAUGAGGCUUUCUUGCAGCUGAGUGUGCAGCUACAGAAGAGAGCUCACAUGAGCACAUGGCAAAAGGAGAAAGAAAACAGUUCUGGAAACCAUUCUGUGGGGGCAACACGAACAAACAUGCCAUGCCUGAGUCGCAAUGGAACAAUCCUGCUGGAGCUGAAGAGACGUUAUGUAUCUCAGCGCCUCAAUGAGCUCCAAAUCACAUUAGGCCAGAUCCAACAGUGCCAGCAGCAUGACAGCAAGUCAAAAGACAGGACAAGAGGCCGUACACAAACAGACAGCAACACCACUCAGCAGGGGCACAGCGAGCAUUGUUCUGGCGUAGAUGUCUGUAGUCCCUCUGAUGGACACCGGCAGGACAGUAUUCCAGCCAGCCGGAGUCGCAGCCAGCAAACAGCAGAGAUCAAAGGUCUCGGUAGCUAUAAACCUGAGAGUCAUAUUUCUGACCAGCAGAAGAGCGACACUGUCCAGAGCCACAACCUUGACACAUUACUCAACUGCCAGAUGCAAAAGAGCCAAGAUCUGCUGUGUCUGAAUCUCCCUGGAACAAAGGAAAUAAAUAGUCAGAUCACAAUUGAAAAUACAACCGGACAUACAGAUAUUGAUGCCAUGUGGGGGGCUACUGAUCAGAAACUACAUCUGAAGUUAGAUAAAUGAAGAUGAGAAUAUGUGUGUUGUUUUAUGUGCUUCUCUCAUCUUUAUUUCUCAUUCACCUAGCCUGUUUUUUAAUGCUGUUUAUGUGUAA